AUGCCUUUGCAGCUUCUCCUGGGGAAGCCCCUGCAGCAGCUGAAGGGGCAGCAGCACCAGCUACCCCAACCCCUGUAGCAGCAGCUCUUGAUGCAUGUUCAGGAAAUGACCCCUUUGCCCCAUCCGAAGGUAGUGCAGAGGCUGCUCCUGAGCUGGACCUCUUUGCUAUGAAGCCAACAGAGACUGCUGUUCCUGUAGUUACCCCUACAACUAGUGCAGCCACUCCAGUUCCUGCAACAACUCCUUCUCCAGCUGCUGCUGUUGCUGCUGCUGCUACUGCUACUACGGCUACUGCCCCUACCACUACUGCCACCACUUCUGCUACCGCCACCACCUCCGCUCCUCCUGCUCUAGAUAUCUUUGGUGAUUUAUUUGAGUCUGUUCCUGAUGUACCUGCAGCACCUAAACCAGAUGCUACUCCUAGCAUAGAUCUCUUUGGUACAGAUGCUUUUUCAUCUCCGCCGCAUGGAGCUUCUCCUGUGCCUGAGAGUUCUCUCACUGCUGAUCUCUUGUCUGUGGAUGCGUUUGCAGCCCCCUCUCCUCUACCCACUGCCUCUCCAGCAAAGGUGGAUUCUUCAGGUGUGAUUGACCUAUUUGGUGAUGCUUUUGGAAGUAGUGUUCCUGAACCCCAGCCCGCAACCCAGGCUGCUUCUAGUUCCUCAGCUUCUGCAGACCUACUUGCUGGCUUUGGAGGUUCUUUUAUUGCUCCCUCUCCAUCACCAUCCCCAGUCACUCCAGCUCAAACCAGCUUACUACAGCCUAACUUUGAUGCAGCUUUUGGGACAACAGCUCCAACGACUGGCAGUUCAUUUGAUGCAUCAGUGUUUGAUGGCCUAGGUGAUCUUCUUAUGCCAACUAUGGUUCCUUCUGGUCAGUCUAUAGCACCUUCAGCCACAGCAACAGUCACUGCUUCAGCCACAAGCAAAGGCCUCGGAAGUGAUCUUGAUUCAUCUCUUGCAAACUUAGUAGGCAAUCUUGGAAUUUCUGGUACCACUUCAAAAAAGGGAGACCUUCAGUGGAAUGCUGGAGAGAAAAAGUUAACAGGAGGAGCCAACUGGCAGCCAAAAGUAGCACCUGCAACAUGGUCAACUGGUGGUGUCCCAGGUGGUCCAUUGACGGGAGCUGUGCCUCCAGCAAGCGCUGUUCCUGCCACAGGAGGUACUCCACCUGUCCCACAGCCAGGAGCAGCAUUUGGGAUGCCCCCAGCAGGCACAGGCGUACCCAUGAUGCCCCAGCAGCCAGUUAUGUAUGGGCAGCCUAUGAUGAGGCCACCAUUUGGAGCUGCCACUGGCCCUGGUGUACAGCUCUCUCCAAGCCCAACUCCUGCCACUCAGAGUCCCAAGAAACCUCCAACAAAGGACCCAUUAGCGGAUCUUAACAUCAAGGAUUUCUUAUAAACGAUAAGCUGCAGUUUUUCUGACUGGAUGAUAAAAACGUGAGUUUGGAGUCUACAAACAGAUGCUCAGAGUUUCAAAGUGAGCCACCAGUACCAAACCCAGUGCUUACUCAGACUUUCUCUUCCUCCUGAAACGUGUAGCACAGCUGUGAAAGUGAACAUUAGGAAUGUGUACUACCUUAGCUGUUAUCCCUACUCUCUCGAAAUUCGUGUACUUGGGUUAUUUGUGUUUUACAAUUUAAACAAUGGAUGUAUGUUUCUGAUGCCUUCUAGUGCUUUUCUGAACCUAUCCCACGGGGGCAGAUUAUGCAGCUGUUGUUUGGUGAGCCAUUUGGAGCGAUGUCUGUGGUUUUUGAAGGUUUCAAUGUAUAUAACUUUUUGAGGACACCUAAAAUUUCCCUAAGACUCAAUUUCUCCUUUAUCUGUUACAAAACAUGGUGUGAUAAUACCAGAUAGUAAGGAAAAUACUUAUGAAAUUGUGUGGAAUACUUUUUUCUUUUCCAGUCACAGGAAUCUCAAUUGUUGUGAAAAAAUGUUUUAUUUUUGUGGCACUGUAUAUGUUAAGAUAAUUUAAACUAAUAUAAAGGUAAACUUCCAUAACAAAUACUUUUUCGAUGAUUUACCAAGAAUGAAAAAUCAUAUCCGAAAGAACACCAUAUUUAUUGCUGUUUUUAUUUUAAAAACUAUUUUAAUUAUUUAAGUUUUUGCAUUUAAAAUUCACAUACUUAUCAGUUCUUGCUAAAUGCACUGAAAAUAAGUAAAGGGUCAGUUUCUCUCCGUGUAGUUGGAAAAAGCAACCAUAGUUCUGCUGGCAUUAAGGGAUUUCAAAUAAAAGAGCACUCUUUGGUAUAUCUGUAGUCAAAACAUGACAAGUGAUGUUACUCAUCUCUGUUCAGUUCUUACGUACAUCUCUUAAUUUAGUGCUUACCUGUGUAUGCCUUAGGCUAGUGUUUUCUCCAUUGCCCCGAAUGCGCUGUGAGUAGUUUUGUACUAUUGGUGAUUAGAUUUCAUUCUGAUCCAGAGAUCCAUGCCCUUUACUGUACAUACUGUGUUUCUUUAAUUUUUAUUUGUUCUCAUACUGUUUCUGCUGAUGGCUUGGCGUAAGAUCUUGACUCUUCAAUGAGGUCACUGUUGAUCAGUGUUACAAGUGGCUUGGCAGUUCUCUGUAAAAGCAUAUCGGGUUGGAAAGAUAUUCACCUAAAGUCUUUCAAAUGAACUAUUUAAUCAAUGUAUGGUACCAUUAAAAGUGGUUGUAUCUGAAUUUGCUGUGGGGAUAACAUACACCGUAAUGGGAAAGUUCUAUAAAAAGCUAAUUUCAAAAUGGCUCUUCUUUGUAUUUCAGUUUAAAAAGACAAAAAACAAAAAACCCCAGUGCAUGUGUGCCCUCUGAGAUGCAAUAAACACCUUGAUCAAAGUAAA